AUGUCGCGCUCCUUCUAUGUCGACUCGCUCAUCAUCAAGGACUCCUCACGGCCCGCGCCCUCGCUUCCUGAGCCGCACCCCGGGCCAGAUUUCUUCAUCCCGCUGGGCAUGCCAUCCCCGUUGGUGAUGUCCGUGUCCGGGACGGGCUGCCCGUCCCGCAAGAGCGGCGCGUUCUGCGUUUGCCCGCUCUGCGUCACUUCGCACCUGCACUCCCCUCGGGGGCCCGCGAGCUCCAGCGGCGGGAGCGCAGGGACCGGGAGUGCCGGGGCCGGGGGUGGCGGGGCGGCGGCAGCCGCCGGGGCGUUGCCCCUGCUCAAGAGUCAGUUCUCUUCGGGUCCUGGGGACGCACAAUUUUGCCCGCGUGUGAGCCACGCGCACCAUCACCACCACCCUCCGCAGCACCACCAUCACCACCACCAGCCCCAGCAGCCCGGCUCGGCUGCAGCGGCGGCGGCUGCGGCGGCGGCCGCGGCGGCGUUGGGGCACCCGCAGCACCACGCACCUGUCUGCACCGCCACCACCUACAAUGUGGCGGACCCGCGGAGAUUCCACUGCCUCACCAUGGGGGGUUCGGACGCCAGCCAGGUACCCAAUGGCAAGAGGAUGAGGACGGCGUUCACUAGCACGCAGCUCCUGGAGCUGGAGCGGGAAUUCUCUUCCAAUAUGUACUUGUCUCGACUCCGGAGGAUCGAGAUCGCCACGUACCUGAACCUGUCAGAGAAGCAGGUGAAAAUCUGGUUUCAGAACCGCAGGGUGAAGCAUAAGAAGGAAGGCAAGGGCACACAGAGGAACAGUCACACGGGCUGCAAGUGCGUUGGCAGCCAGGCGCACUACGUGCGCUCAGAGGACGAGGACUCCUUGUCGCCGGUCUCGGCCAACGAUGACAAGGAGAUUUCCCCAUUAUGA